UGGCAAGGGGGGUAUCAAAUACCCCCCUAUCUUAAUUAAUUUUGAACAAAUAAACCCUUUGAUCUAACGUCCACUUAACAGACGUUUUCUUAUUAUUUUUUUUUAUUUUUCUUUUUUUUGGUGGGUCCCACUUGUAACUACCCGAAAUCCCCCUUUUUAUUUGGGGAAUAUGUUUGCGUUCGAAGAACCCUAGCCGGCGAUGAUUUGUUGCAAAUUCCCGAUCAUCUUUCGGGUUUUCCUGAAAUUAGAAUAGGGUUUCUUCGUGUUGUUGGACUGCGUUUUUAGCCAUGAGUCUAAAUUCCGCCUCUGGUGGUUAUGGAUCGAGCACAUCGCGCGGUGGACGUCAGUUUGAAGAUAAUCAAAAUCCCAGGCGUUGUACGUGCGAAAUUGACGGUAGAAGGUUGAGGGCUGUGAUAAUGACAUCGUGGACUGACGAAAACCCCGGUAGGAGGUUUUAUGGAUGUCGAAAUUGGAAGACGAAGAACUGCGGUUUUUUUGAUUGGCUUGACGAACCAAUUAGCGAAAGAGGCAAGGAAGUUAUCAAUGAGUUGAAACUCAUGAAGAUUAAGGAUAGCUCAAGCUCGGCACCCACUGAUAUGGAGCCGAAAAUUGUCAAGCUUUGGGAUUUUGUUCAAGCUUUGAAAUCAGAGUCAAGCGAAAUUAAGAAGAAAGUUAGACUAGUUACUGCAAUGUUGCUUGCUUCUUGGAUCAUGUAUCCCUUUGUUUUGGAGAUGAAAUUGAAGCACAUUUUGGAUUAUAUGUUCUAA